GAAGAGAGUUUUCUUCUAUCGCGGCAACUUCCGGUUUUCCCUCGAGCAGGAGUCACUCACUCGUCCGGCAACACCAACAGGAGGGGGAGUAUAUACAGGAACACAGGGGUCUGUACAAGGACGUGAUGAUGGAGAAUCACCGGCCCCUCACAUCUCUGGAUGGACCCAGUAACAGAGCUACCCCAGAGAGAUGUCCCCAUCCUCUGUAUUUCCAGGAUUUUACAGAGGAGAAUCACAGGAUCCCACAGGAGGAUCAGGGUGAGCACCUUUCGGAUAUGAAGGCCGAAGAUGUAGAGGGAGAAGAAGAGACGUAUGUGACUGAUAUGAAGGCAGAAGAUAUAGAGGGAGAAGAAGAGACGUAUGUGACUGAUAUGAAGGCAGAAGAUAUAGAGGGAGAAGAGACGUAUGUGAUUGAUAUGGAGGCAGAAGAUAUAGAGGGAGAAGAAGAGACAUAUGUGACUGAUAUGAAGGCAGAAGAAGAGACGUAUGUGACUGUUUUGAAGGCAGAAGAUAUAGAGGGAGAAGAAGAGACGUAUGUGACUGAUAUGAAGGCAGAAGAUACAGAUGGAGAAGGAGAGACGUAUGUGAGGAGAGAUCAGAAGUGUAAAGAGGAGGAAAUCCCUACAGGUAUUAGCACAGCAGAUGGAGGCACAAGCAGGAAUUCCUUGGAGGGAGAUCUCAUCUUGUCUGCAGAUAGUAAAAUAGAAGAUAACACCACACAGAAUUCUCCAGGAGACAUCCCCAUUUCUCUAACUAUACAUCCAGUACCUGAUACUUCAUCUGAUCCCUCUAAUUGCGAUGACUGUUCAUCUAAUACCUCAGAUUUUGUUACACAUCGUGCAGCUCAUACAUGUGAUAAAAUAUUUCCAUGCUCUGAGUGUGGGAAAAGUUUUGCACGCAAAUCACAACUUGUUAUACAUCAGAGAAGUCAUACAGGUGAGAGACCAUUUCCAUGUUCUGAGUGUGGGAAAUGUUUUACAUUCAAAUCACAUCUUGUUGCACAUCAGAGAAGUCACACAGGUGAGAGACCAUUUCCAUGUUCUGAGUGUGGGAAAAGUUUUGCAUGCAAAUCACAGCUUGUUAUACAUCAGAGAAGUCACACGGGUGAGAAACCAUUUCCAUGCUCUGUGUGUGGGAAAUGUUUUCUGUGUAAAUCAGAACUUGUUAGACAUCAGAGAAGUCACACAGGUGAGAAACCAUUUCAAUGCUCUGAGUGUGAGAAAUGUUUUCCACUCAAAUCACAGCUUGCCAGACAUCAGAGAAGUCACACAGGGGAGAAUACAUUUCCAUGCUCUGAGUGUGGGAAAUGUUUUCUGUGUAAAUCAGAACUUGUUAUACAUCAGAGAAGUCACACAGGUGAGAAACCAUUUCCAUGCUCUGAGUGUGGGAAAAGUUUUGCACUCAAAUCACAGCUUGUUAUACGUCAGAGAAGUCACACGGGUGAGAAACCAUUUCCAUGCUCUGAGUGUGGGAAAAGUUUUGCACUCAAAUUAUGUCUUGUUAGACAUCAAAGAAGUCACACAGGUGAGAAACCAUUUCCAUGUGCUGAGUGUGGGAAAAGUUUUGCACGCAAAUCGCAGCUUGUUAUACAUCAGAAAAGUCACACAGGUGAGAAACCAUUUCCAUGCUCUGAGUGUGGGAAAAGUUUUGCAGGCAAAUCACAGCUUGUUAGACAUCAGAGAAAUCACACAGAUGAGAAUUUAUUUCCAUGUUCUGAGUGUGGAAAAAGUUUUGCACUCAAAUCACGUCUUGUUAGACAUCAAAGAAGUCACACAGGAGAGAAACCAUUUCCAUGCUCUGAGUGUGAGAAAUGUUUUUCACUCAAAUCACAGCUUGCUAGACAUCAGAGAAGGCACACAGGUGAGAAACCAUUUCCAUGCUCUGAGUGUGGGAAAUAUUUUCUGUGUAAAUCAGAACUUGUUAGACAUCAGAGAAGUCACACAGGUGAGAAACCAUUUACAUGCACUGAGUGUGAGAAAAGUUUUCCACUCAAAUCACAGCUUGCUAGGCAUCAGAGAAUUCACACAGGUGAGAAUACAUUUCCAUGCUCUGAGUGUGGCAAAUUUUUUCUGUGGAAAUCAGAACUUGUUAUACAUCAGAGAAGUCACACAGGUGAGAAACCAUUUUCAUGCUCUGUGUGUGAGAAAUCUUUUCCACUCAAAUCACAGCUUGCUAGACAUCAGAGAAGUCACACAGGUGAGAAACCAUUUCCAUGCUCUGAGUGUGGGAAAUGUUUUCUGUGUAAAUCAGAACUUGUUAGACAUCAGAGAAGUCACACACGUGAGAAACCAUUUCCAUGCACUGAGUGUGAGAAAAGUUUUCCACUCAAAUCACAGCUUGCUAGACAUCAGAGAAUUCACACAGGUGAGAAUACAUUUCCAUGCUCUGAGUGUGGCAAAUGUUUUCUGUGGAAAUCAGAACUUGUUAUACAUCUGAGAAGUCACACAGGUGAGAAACCAUUUCCAUGCUCUGAGUGUGGGAAAAGUUUUGCACUCAAAUCACGUCUUAUUACACAUCAGAAAAGUCACACAGGGGAGAAACCAUUUCCAUGCACUGAGUGUAAGAAAUGUUUUCCACUCAAAUCACAGCUUGCUAGACAUCAGAGAAGUCACACAGGUGAGAAACCAUUUCCAUGCUUUGAGUGUGGGAAAAGUUUUGCACUCAAAUCACGUCUUAUUACACAUCAGAAAAGUCACACAGGGGAGAAACCAUUUCCAUGCACUGAGUGUAAGAAAUGUUUUCCACUCAAAUCACAGCUUGGUAGACAUCAGAGAAGUCACACAGGUGAGAAACCAUUUCCAUGCUCUGAGUAUGGGGAAAGUUUUGCAGGCAAAUCGUAGCUAGUUAAACAUCAGAAAUCACACAGGAGUAAAGCAUUACUAUGAUCUGAUACACAACAGGGUUGUAGCAGCACUCUUUAUUGCAUUGGACAGGUCCGGACUGCCCAUCUGUCACCUCUGGCAUAUUCUAGAAGUGCGAAUGGACUGGUGGGUUCAUCUGGUUCCGCAGAGAGAUGGGAAGCCCAUGUGCAGCGCAGCCUCUGGCUCUCUGGUUUAGUCGCCCCUACUUUCCAAAGUGUCUGUCUCCAUGGAAAGGGGGGCGUGCAAUAAGUCCACGUCCCCUUACUCACAGCAUGUCCUCGUGUGUCAUGUCCUUGCAUCCCCUCCCCCCCAGUGACGUGCGCUCACAAGUUUACAAAUGCCCAAUCCAAAUAGGAGCCCCAGUUUGUCCCUGCCAGUAGAUAUCGGCACCACUCUCCAUAUCAGUAACAGACCAUCGUGUUAUAUAAGCGUCUAUGGGCCUAAUUCAAGGUCGAUCGCAAAAGCUAAAUCUUCUUCUAAUUGAAAAAUCCAUGUGCACUGCAGGUGGGGCAGAUGUAACAUGUGCAAAGAGAGUUAGAUUUGGGUGAGGUGUGUUCAAAUGGAAAUCUAAAUUGCAGUGUAAAAAUAAAGCAGCCAGUAUUUACCCUGCACAAAAACAAAAUAACACACCCAAAUCUAACUCUAUCUGCACAUGUUACAUUUGCCCCACCUGCAGUGCACAUGGUAUUGCCAAUUAGAGAAAGAUUUUGAAAACGCCCAUUGCAGAAAUUGCUAAUGUAUCGCAAUAAGCGGGUUGAUCACAAAACCAUACACAGUUAUCGGAAUAUCGUAGAUUUUUCCUAUCUGCGCCAGGCAAGGUCGUCCACAAUUCGUACGACACAAACGCUAGAAGUGGUCAUCGCUGACGUCAGAGGGUCUCCUUAAAAACGCCUGGGCACGCUUGCAUUGUGUCAGACACAGAAAACAGCAGGUUUCCGCCCAGAAACGCCAACUUCCUGUCAGUCAGACAGCGGCUGCAUUGCGCCCAUGAUCUGUACAUAAUAUAUUUUGCUAUUUUUUCUAACGCUUACGCAAUGCGAACGCUGCACCUACACAGUCGUUCGAUAAUCGGCCGGAUUGUGAAUCACAUAUUUUACAAUCCUUUGAAUAAGAGCAUAGAGAGAUUCUUCAAGAAUGUAUGAGAUCAGUGGGUGCGGUAAAAGGAUUGGGUGUAACCAGGUAUUAUAAAAUAACUGCACCAUCAAAUCUCAAGUUAUCUUCCUGUAACCCUGAGAGAAACAAAUGCUGUCUCUCAGUCUGUACAAAGGCGUGGUCUUUGGAAUAAAUAAUUCUUUAUUUAACUGAAUCCAAUUCAAUCUGUUACUUCAUACAACAUGGAAAUAAACUAUUCAACAGACAGAGAGAGCUAGCGUGAGGACAUGGAGCUGCAGGUAAACGGGAAACUUUAGGAGGAAGGUUACUAAACACAUAGUGUCUGGACUGUAGGUAUAAGAAAAAUAGUGAAUGUGGGAGAUUGUACUUUGUACACAUUUGUUGCUAGGAAUAAAUAGUGCCCCAAGAUUUCCUGAAAUGCUGGAAUACCUUUAUCUUUCCAUGUCUGAUAGUGAGCUAUUGUGAGAGAGGGUAAGAGGUCAGGGUUGCCUGAAAAUGGAACAUAUCUGGAACAAUGCAGAUCUGUAUGUAAACAUGUAUUAAUAGUCACCCAAGUCUUAUAAGUGUCUAAAUAAAAUAUGUGAUAGUAUACCUCUAGGACGUUAUGUACGGGGCAGAUGCAGAAGGGCGGCAGGAGAGAAUGGUGAAAAUAGCUCUUCCUCUAAUGGUAAACUAGUGAAACGAGACAAUCGUGAACAGUGGGAAAUAUAAGAAAAUGCUUAUUUAGAAAACGUCUGAAUAUCUGGUAGAUGAAGGCCUCCUCUAGACUUUGGUUGAAUCAUCUUUAGUUUGGAAAUUCUAUUUUUUUUGCCUUUCCAUAUACAUUUUGAAAAGGCUUUCGUCCACCGAAGGUCAUCUAAACUU